CUCUAUGUCGUUCGAUUAGAUCUUUUAUCGCGCGAAAUGUCAUCAUCUUUAUUGUUAAUAAAGUCAUUCAUAUUUUCUCUAUAUAUUUUAUUUUCUUAGCUUUGAAUUAUUCAAAUAUGCCACCAAAGAAAAAUAUCAGCGGUAAAGCUGGAAAAUCUAAAAGUUCGGAAGAAAGUGGGAAAGGUGAUAAAGUUGAAAAAAAAAGUGGAACUACUGUAAAAGUUAGGCACAUAUUAUGUGAGAAACAAUCCAAGAUAUUAGAAGCUAUGGAAAAAUUAAAGGCUGGACAAAAAUUUAAUGAAGUAGCAGCAGCAUAUAGCGAAGACAAAGCGCGUUCUGGGGGGGAUCUUGGUUGGAUGACACGUGGUUCAAUGGUUGGUCCUUUUCAAGAAGCAGCUUUCGCAUUGCCUAUUUCCAAUUUAAGUUCACCCAUUUAUACAGAUCCACCAGUUAAAACGAAGUUUGGUUAUCAUAUAAUUAUGAUCGAAGCGUUGAUAAUCCUAUGAGUAACGCCUAUUUCUUUUCGUAUCAAGAAAAUAAUGGCAUAUUGCUCUUUCUAUGCAAAUAAAAGGACUAAUUAUAAAUAUAACAUAUGGACUUGAAAUAGAAGUAAAAAGACUCACGUU